AGGGUGGAUGUGUUUGGACCUGAAGAAGUUGAAGAGCCAUGAUGCAUACAGUCAAGCUGCUCUGUGUGGUGUUUUCGUGCCUCUGUGCCGUCGCCUGGGCGUCAUCCAAUCGCCAGCCAUGUCAUACACCACCAUUGACCAGUGGAACAUUGACAGUGGUUUCAACAGGGGGUCAUGAUCUUGCAUCUGGAGAAUUCAGUUAUGAUUCCAAAGCAAAUAAAUUCCGCUUUGUGGAGGACACUACUCACGCAAACAAAACUUCUUAUUUGGAUGUGCUCGUACAUUUCGAUGAGGGCCUGCUUUAUGAGUUGGACAGUAAAAAUGAGAGUUGCAAGAAGGAGACUAUGCAGUUCCGUAAGCACCUAAUGGAGAUUCCACCCGAUGCCACUAACGAAUCUGAGAUUUACCUGGGCAGCCCCUCCAUCACAGAGCAAGGACUUAGAGUCCGGGUGUGGUCCGGGAAGUUUCCUGAACUUCACGCGCACUACUCCCUGUCGACCACUUCUUGUGGCUGUCUGCCAGUUUCGGGCUCCUAUUAUGGUGAGAAGAAGGACCUUGUCUUCAGUUUCUAUAACGUUGAAACUAAAGUUGAUGACCCACAAGACUUUGUGCUACCGGCCUACUGUGACGGUGUGCAAUUUGAGGAGGCACCAGAUGACCACAGCUUCUUCGACCUGUUCCAUGACUGAAAGAAAAGUUGAUGCACAAACUGCCAAAAAAUGGCUUCUCACAAUUAUAAAAAGCAUUUAAAUAAAAAAUAUUUCCUGUAUUCAUCUUUCUUUCUUCAGAAUGCUUACAGUUUCUGACAUUAUUACAAUCUUUUCUAAAUAACUUUUUGUCUUUUGCAACUGUUUCUUCACUUUGAUGAAGUCAAUAAAGCUAAGCUUUCACUGAAAACCA